AUGGACUUCAUCAACAAGCUCUCCGGCAGCCAGCAGGGCAACAAGCCCCAGGAUCAACCCCAAGAGCAACCAAACCAGGCAUCGGGCCCCAGCAGCGUCUUGGACAAGCUUCACGGGAUGGCAGGCGGCGGCCCAGAGAGCGAGAAGAAGGAGGACGCGUUGGACAAAGGCAUCGACUGGGUGCAGGAGAAUAUGCUCGGGCAGGGCCCGCAGGACAACGAGAAUGCGGCUGAGCAGGCCAAGGAUAGGAUGAUCGCAGAAGCCAUCCGCAAUCAGUACCGGGGCGCCAGCGGCGGGGAGAAGCAGUGA